UGCUGUCAUGGGUAGAAGGGGCGAUUAAUCCGAGCUGCAAAAAAGUGUUGAUUAUCGGCUUUUCGGUCCAAGGGUGGCAGUAUUUUUGAAACAGCGCAGUUUGUGAACUGUUUGCGUGCUGCUGUGGUGAAGAUGUCUCGUGGCUGGACAAAUGGCACCAUUGCGAAUAACUGACGUGGAAACUGCGGAGCACCAUGUACCAUUGAUGUGAGAGAUUAUGAGUUUUGCAUCGCCAGGUCAGGACCAGAUAUCGUUUCAUCAUGGACAGAAUCUUGCCCAUUUUCACAAUGACCAUGUAUCUUUCCAACUCCAAGGAUUUCUCUACCACCCAGAGAUGUGCAGAAAGAAGUGUGGCUUCUUUGGAAACCCAGCAUGGCAUGGGUAUUGUUCCAGGUGCUGGAUCCAGAAGAGACAGCAGGCUCAGUCUCUUACAAACAGGAAUCACACAGAAAAUCUACAAAUGAAACCAGAUAUUACGGUGAACACGCAGCACCUGAGCAGAAAAUAUCAUUUUCAAGAUAGCACCAAUGACAUUAAGGUCAAGAGUGAUCAGCAAUAUACUCGGAAUACAAAUACAUACCAAACUGUAACCAACCUGGUUUGCCCUCUCUCCCGGACAAGUCUUCUCUCACUGACGGAAGGAGACUUUUCAGAUUUCCUCAAAACUCUGCGCAGACCAGAUGCCCAACAGCUCUGGACUCACUGCACCAAUUUUAUUCAAAGGAUACAAAAGGCUGAGAAUCUAACUGUGGAUGAGAAGACAGAAGAAGUCCAGACUUUCUACCAACAGAUGGUGGCACACUACCCUGGUCACAUGUCAGAGGAAAAAGAUCGAUUGCUGGACAACAUUGAGAAACUAGUUAUGACACGACUGUAUAAGUCUGUAUUUUGUUUGGAUGGUUCACAAGAUGAACAGAAAGAUCUCUCUUUCCAGGAGCGCAUCAGGUCACUGAGUUGGGUCACAUCCAAGAUGCUUCAGCUCCCGCUGGUGGAGGAAAAUGAAGACGUCAAAGAGGGGAUCCCUUGUGCUGUCACUGCUCUUAUAGAAGUGGAUUCUAAGCGAGCUCCUCAGGACAAGCUUUCCUGUGUGUCCAGGGCUUGUAACUACCUGUUCAAAGCCAUACAGAGCUCUAAGAAGGAGCCAGCCACAGCUGAUGACUUCCUAUCUUGCCUAAUAUAUACAACACUCAAGGCAAACCCACCCCAUCUGUUAUCUAACUUACAGUACAUCACCAGGUUCUGCAAUCCGAAGCGACUGAUGACAGGGGAGUGUGGGUACUGCUUUACCAACCUUUGCUGUGCGGCUUCUUUCAUCGAGACGCUGGAUGCCUCAUCUCUUGGUCUGACUCAGGAAGAGUUUAAUUGUUUAAUGCGGCAGCAGGUUUCAGAAGUGAGCCCCGUUAUUUCAUGCAUUGGACAGAGUACGGUGCAGCAAAUACAGCGGAACAAGAAGCUUUUAUCUGCAUUGCGGCACCGACAGGACGUUCUGAUCCAAAAGGCAGAGUGCCUGGGAAGAGAGGUGAAAGCCUGGUCUUUGUCUGUACAGGGUGAAGUCCAGGAAAUUAUCCGCAGGUUUCCUUUGGAAACUAAACAAAGUUCACCCAAAAGCUGUGUUUGAUGUAUUAUCUAUUUAUACCUUAUGCAAGAUGGAAGUGUGGCAGGUUCUACAAACAUUCUAAGCUGCUAUUGACCUACUUCAAUGUGAGCCUGUGAUGAAGGAUAGUUCUUAACACAUUUAUUAGAUUGUACGUAAUAUUGUAAUUAUAUAACUUUCAUCAUUGUGGUACCUUUGUAACAAUACUGUAACAACAAUAAUACAUUUUUUUAAAGUAUUUUUUUUUUUCUAAUUAAAGCACAAUUAAAAUCCUUUUUUAAAUUAUAUAUACCUUUAUAAACCGUUAAUUAAAUAUUUAUAAUUUCAGCAUAAUCCAGAU